AUGCGGUCCCGUGUGGCUCAGUUGCUGUUGAAGUCUGAAGUGCGUCGUCUGGAACGUAACCAUGAGAGAGAGAAGAGUGUGGCCAACCUGGAGUAUCUGAAGAAUGUCCUUUUACAGUUCAUCUUCCUGCAGUCAGGCAGCGAGAGACAGGCUCUACUCCCCGUCAUACACACCAUGUUACAACUCAGCCCUGAGGAGAAGAAUAAACUGGCUGCUAUCGCAAUGGGUGAGGAGGAGGUGGGAGGAGCUAGAGGCUCAGGAUGGACCUCCUACCUACACAGUUGGUCAGGCAUCAGAUGAACACACACACAUCAACCAAUGUCCUCUUUCUACCUGCCUUCACUUUCAUCUGGUCCAUAUGUCUGAUCAACUGAGUAAUUAAAAAGUCUUAAUAUAUUGAUGAUCAUCCAUCUACUUGAAAAAAAGCCAGUAGUCAGCAAUGUAAGCCAGUACUCUUUUUUUUAGCUGAUGGUACGUUACUGAACCAUUUAUGGUGGGUUAAUUCACCAAUACCUCAGUCAUUACUGGGAUUAUUUUUAUACGAUAGAUUUUUGUUGCUUGUAACAAUCAAUUCCAAGCAACACUUAAGUUUUACAACAAUUCAUGAAGUGAACUAUGACUGUUGUUACAGAUUUGACCAUCUGUUUUCAUUGCUCACUCAUUAUAGGUCUGAUACAGGGCAGCAGGUAGCCUAGCAAUUAAAAGGCACUGUAUGGUCAAUCUGACAUCUACAUUUGCCCUGCAGCAUUUAUGGUGAUAUGGCCUCUGCAGAAGUCAGGUAUUCAUACUUCUUGCGCUUCGCAGAGCUGUUGUGAAGG